UUGUGCAGAAAUCUUCUUUGGUCCCCUUAGUCUCUCCCACGCCAUUGACUUUCAAUAAAGAACCUCAAGUUGCUCAGUGUAUUAAGAGCUUCUCAUCUCCCUCGGUCGCCUCCAUUUAUACAGAUUACAGAGGCUUCGCAGUAGUGCCACCCUGAUCAAGAAGAAGCAUUUGGUAGAUCUCGAUCCCUCUCCGUGUGCCAACUCCUCUUUCUGUGUUCCUUUCUCUGAGAGAAGAAACAGAAGAGAUCAGAGGAGGAGAGAAAUGGAGGUACCUCCCUACUUCAAGUGUCCCAUCUCAAUGGAGCUCAUGACUGAUCCUGUCACCGCCUGCACCGGCGUAACAUACGACCGGAAGAGCAUAGAGCGAUGGAUCUGCGGUUGCCGGAAAAGCACCUGUCCGGCCACCAUGCAAAACCUUGAAAACUUCAAUUUCACCCCCAACCACACUCUCAAGCGCCUCAUAGACUCGUGGAAGCAGAGCCAAGGCCUCCUGCAGCCCGCUUCGUCUUCAACCCAGAAAAGGGUCGACUCCAAGGAAAUGGCCGAUCUCCUCCGGACGAUAGAGUCGUCGCUUUUCAAGGUCUCUUCACUCAGGAAGCUAAGGGAGUUGCUCGAGUCGGGCGGCGACAAUUCUGAGUUGUUGGUUCAGGCCGGAGGGAUUGAGGUCAUAAGCGGGUUGCUUUGCCGGGAAUGGAAUGAGAACGGCGGCGAGGAUUUCGUCGCCUUCCGGUCAAGUGAAGAAUCUGUUGCUAUCCUCCACAGCCUGCCACUGGAAACAAUUUCUAGUUCCACGAUCCAGUUCCUGACCAGACCCGACUGUCUGAGAACUCUUGUUUUAAUGCUGCAAACUGGGAGCUCAGAAUCGCGGUUUCAUGCAGUCUCUGUUCUGAGGAAAAUUACGAGAGAGGAAACCAAUUGGAGGCAAAUCGUGAGAGAUCAAGGUACGAACCUUUUCAAGGCUCUGUUAGAGCUGCUAUCAGAUGGCAUCUGCACCGAAGCCACUUCCUCUGUCUUGGAAAUUCUGGUAGAUAUACUGACGGUUUCAAGAUAUAGCCGAGUAAAGGCGGUAGAAGCCGGCUCAGUCGGUGUCUUGAUCGAACUUUUGCCGGAUUCGAGCAGAGGGAGGUGCGAGAAGAUGAUGGUAGUCCUGAAACUGCUGUGUCAGACGGCAGACGGGAGGUCUGCGUUCGUCGAUCAUGCGAUGGCCGUGGCAGUUGUGACUAAGAAGAUCAUGACGGUCUCAGAGUUAGUAACGAAACUUGGUGUGAAGAUCUUAGGGCUGAUCUGCGAAUACCAUCCAACGGAGAGAUUCUUGGAGCAGAUGGCGGAGUUAGGCGCCGUGUCGAAGCUCAGUGGUGUAUUGCAGCUCAAUGGCGGACCAGCGGCAAAUUCGCUCAGGGAGAGGGCACUGAAGAUGCUGAAGAUGCAUGGGAAUGCAUGGAAACAGCAUCGAUGUUUCCCAUUGCAGCUGCAGGAUUACUUGAGAGUAAUAGAUGAGAACGAGAACCUGUCAAGACACUAGCUCGAUAGCAAGCUUUUCGAGUCAAUUGAACUUUAUUGUAUACUUGUAUCAUUUUCUUGUUUUCACAAUAACACUGUUGAUUUCUUGACUC